AUGCUAACUAUUGGCACUUUGGCCAACAUCAAGCACAUACUGCAAAAGGAGCUAUUCAACGGCAGCGGCGAACGCCUGCUCUCCGUGGUGACGGUGACGAAGACAUUUAAAAAGAAAGACAAGCGGGCCUGCUACCUUUGUGUGCUGACGACAGCGCCCCCAGUGCCGGUGGUCACGCUCUGCCUGGUCAAGCAGUACGAGCAGCGGGACAGUGAGUACAAACGCAAGCGCAGCUGGCAGCUGGACGAGAUUAAGUGGAUCGAUGGCCGCAACGAGCAAUUCGAAACGCACGAGUUCGACAUCCAAUUGGAAAAGCUAUACAAGUGGUACGCUCUCAAUUUACACGAGCGGCAGAACUUUCUCGCUGUGCUCAACAGGCAGAUACAAAAGUUUGUGCGUGGACCGCGAGCAGAGUUUCGCAAUGUGCCCAGCGCUUGGCUGUCUGAGAAGUCGCCAGAGAAGAUAGCGGCGGGACGUGCGGGAGCCGCAAAUGCCACUCAGAAGCCAACAAAUACGGAUGAUGAGGAGGACGAGGAGGAGGCGCAAGAGUUUACUGCGCUUACCGAUAAGGAGGCCAACGAGCUGGGCAAACUGUUCUCGGAGUGCGACUUUGCCAUUAAGGAUGCGGAGCAAUUCAUUGAACAACUGUCCAAAGAGCUGCACGAUUUGGAUGGCGCCAAUAUGCAAAGUGUGCUGGCCUCGGAGCAAAAGGUGCUUAAAAUGAUGGAGCACAUAGACAAUGCUAUAACCGAGGCGGAUAAGUUUGAAACGCGCCUGGAUACCUAUGAGGACAUACUGGGCCACGUCAAGGAGACCAUGGAGAAAAUAGGCGGCAAGAAUGCCAUGAUCGAAAUUGCCAACAACAACAAUAUCAAAUUAAUGAAAGAGCUUAACAAAGUUAUUAGCCAACUGGACUUGCCGCACAGCCAACAGCAGGCGUUGGAUGAGCCCGAUCUGAAAACCGCAGCCGGACGCAAGGCAGCCAUUGCGGCAGCACAGUGUCUCCAGCAGGCCAUGAAUAGCGACAUUGAUCCUGCGCUGCUGCGCCUGGAAGCCGUGCAGGAUCAGCGCAAGCGUUUCGAGAAGUGGAAACAAAAGUUUUCGGCCACUGUUAGCCGCUUCAUGAACAACCUCUUCAUACAUCUGGGCAACGAAAUUGGCGACAUGCCGGUCACCAGCACCGAACUGACGCUGCCCAAUCACUCCAACGUGCACCGCGAGCUAACGCCGUACACGGAGCUGAUGCACUGGUCAAAGGCUAUGGAUCGUAAGACCUACGACGGUCUGAUGCGUGUCUACACGGCAUCGCUGAGCAAGAUCUAUGAUCGCGAUGUCAGGAACUUCUUUAACCUGGCCAAGAUGCAGGUGUCCGACAAGCUGCGCAGCUCACGUGAAGAUCUGGACAUGUCCACCUCGUCGCGAAAGUCUGCCGUCUCAACAAUUCCCUAUGGCACGCUGGGCAUUAAUCGCGAUCAAUGGGGACCCGGUGUGGAUAGUGCAGAUCGUGUGCGUUUCGAUGCGCUGCUGGAGAAGGUGCUAGCCGAACUGGAACCGAUUGCCUUGCAGGAACAAUUGUUCUGCAUCAACUUCUUUCAAAUGGAUGUGAUAAGUCCCACAACAAAGAACACACAAACGACGCUGGACAUGGAGAAGGACAAGGGCAUGGAAAUGUCGCAGUCGUUUAACGCCUCAACUGCCUCACCCACCAGCACGAGCACAGACGCUGGUGGAGUCCCACAAAAGCGCAUUGAUCGCCAAAUCAAUGAGGAUGUGCGCAAGCUAAUGAUGGGACUCUUUGGCUGUCUGGAGCCCGAGCUGGUUAGCUUCAUACAGAGCUUUGAGCGUGUGGAUAGCUUCUAUUCUCUCUAUGUGCUGGUGCGUCUGACGCAGCAUGUCAUGUCCGCCCAGGACACACAUUCCUUUCUCAGCAUGACCUUCGCCUCGGCCUUGGUGCAGGUCAAGCGCAACUUUGAUCGCUUCAUGCAGCAGCAGCUGCAGUCCAUAAAGGAGGCUAAGCUUCCCAAGCGUUCAAAGGCCAUUUUGCCGUAUGUGGAGAACUUUGAGAACUUUGCACAGACGGCGGAGGGCAUCUUCCGCAAGUCGGAUCGCCGCACCGAUAUGGAGAAAUGGUACCUGCAGCUGGUCAAUGCGAUAUUCGAAGGCAUCAGCAUACACUCGCAGGAGCAUCCAAAGACGCCAUCGCAGGUGGUACGCAUGGAGAACUACCAUCAUAUGUACGCUCUGCUGGCACAGCUUAAGGUGCCCGGCCUUGAUGCGCUCAAGAAGGAGGCCAAACUACGCUACAACGAUGCACUCAAGGCAUAUGUGACGCAGUACUUCGGCAGGCCGCUGGAGAAGCUAAACCAAUUCUUUGAAGGCGUGCAGCAAAAAGUGGCGCAGGGCGUCAAGGAGACCGAAAUUAGCUACCAAAUGGCCUUCUCCAAGCAGGAGCUGCGCAAGGUGAUCAGCCAGUAUCCGGCGCGCGAGGUCAAAAAGGGCCUGGAGAACCUCUACAAGAAGGUGGACAAGCAUCUGUGCGAGGAGGAGAAUCUGCUGCAGGUGGUGUGGCAUGCCAUGCAGGAGGAGUUCAUAGCCCAGUACAAUUAUCUCGAGGAGCGCAUACAGAAAUGCUAUGCGGGCGCCAUGAUCAAUCUAGAGUUCAACAUACAGGACAUACUCGCCUUCUUCUCCGACAUUGCGCGCUCCCACUGAGCGCGCGCUGCUCGGGAGUUUUACUUUUAAGUGCAAUAGUAUUUAAAGCGAUGUGUUUUUUUAAGUCAAAAAUAUACGCGCACAUAAUUAAA